UAAAGCCCGGCUUCUUUAGGAAAUUGGUGGGUUGUCGACCCGGGUAGGGUUUUUCCCUUUUUCUUUUGUCUUGGUUUUCUUGUAUUUUCUGUUCAGAAAUUAAAUUGAAAAAUCAAAACUAUAGAGUAAGAAACGAUCUUUGUUAUCCAACCGGCACCGUGGAGUUGAAGAGGAGGUAACUGGAGCAGGAAAUGGAGCAAGGGAAGGGCGGAAUAGCGGUGGCGAAGGUGAUGCCUCCUCAGCUCCAGAACCCCAUUGAGAAUAUCCAGCUUCGCUUCAAGGAGUUGGAGAAUGGCUUCAGGCAUUGGCUGUCCAAGCAGUCUUUGCCUGUUGAGGCUGCCGUCGUCACCGCCACCAGCGCCGUCCAAGGGGCCGCCAUCGGUGUCUUCAUGGGUACUCUUGCCCCCGACGCUUCCUCUAUUCCCACUCCUCCUCAGGCCUCUCUCAAUUCUCAAGCCAUGGCCCCCCUUCAGCAAGCGCAGGCUCUUUCUGGGGGUCCUUUGGUACAAGCUCGCAACUUUGCUGUCAUGACAGGAGUCAAUGCUGGUAUUUCCUGUGUCUUGAAAAGAAUCAGGGGCAAGGAAGACAUCCAGUCCAGCAUGGCAGCUGCUUUUGGUUCUGGGGCCAUGUUUUCGUUGGUAAGUGGCAUGGGUGGACCAAAUCUAGCAGCAAAUGCAGUCACUUCUGGACUUUUCUUUGCACUUGUUCAAGGUGGAAUUUUCCAGUUUGGACAGAAGUUUUCUAAACCUCCAACUGAAGAUAUUCAUUAUGCUAAAACGAGACAUAUGUUGCACAACCUAGGCCUCCAAAGUUACGAGAAAAAUUUUAAGAGAGGCAUGUUAACGGACAACACUUUGCCUUUACUCACGGACAGUGCUCUCAGAGAUGUGAAAAUCCCUCCUGGGCCAAGGCUUUUGAUUCUAGAUCACAUUGAGAGGGAUCCAGAUUUGAGAGGGAAGCGAGGAAGCCGCCAUUGAGUUUGCCUCCCCUGCUAUUUUAUUGUUUUAGAAUAGAAACCUGUUGGCAAGUGAUAUUAGUAAGAUUGCUUUGAAAACGAGCUUUUGUCGCUUAUUUUGAAAAAAAGGUUGCACUCUCCAUAUUUUUGUUGGUGCCAUUUACAUAAUUUUGAUAAGAUUAUGCUCUCCAGUCUGUAAGCAUUUGUCUGACCAUAAGGUAGGUUUGUUAUUCCAAUUCACCUAUUAUUAUGUUCUUCAAAUAUGAUUAAGUGUUACUUUCGCUCUCU